ACGGCGUCGCGUGUAUCUGGAUCUGGGUGGAAAGGAGUUCAACUCGAGCGUGCUGUGGAUGCUCAGACACUACCCCUUGGAUUUCACGGAGGUGCAUGUCUUUGAGGUCAAGAAGGGGCUGUUCCUGCUGCCGCCGAGGCAGACACAGAACGACGAGGCCCAAUACCCUGAGAUUCAGCCAAGAAAGCGCCUCGAGAAGGUGUCGGUGUUCUGGCGGGGGGAUGAGCCUCCUCCAGUUCCAAACUGGAUGGCGGACAGAAUCCAUAUUUAUAACGACUUUGUUGACAACACGGAUUACCAUAAGCACGUGAACAUCACUCGGUUCAUCAAGGACGUCCUCAGGCUCACAGCAGGGGACACGCUGGUGGUGAAGAUGGAUAUAGAGGGCAAGGAGUGGGACGUGCUGCCGGGUGAGUGUCCCUCUGUGCUGGCUGUGCGUGUCCCUCUGUGCUGGCUGUGCGUGUCCCUCUGUGCUGGCUGUGCGUGUCCCUCUGUGCUGGCUGUGCGUGUCCCUCUGUGCUGGCUGUGCGUGUCCUUCCAUGCUCGCAUUCAGUGUCGCCAGUAG